AUGGAUGUGUCACCUCAAUGCGAUGGGCCACGAUACCGGCCAGGAUCCCUCGAUCUAUGCCACGAAGCCCACGAGCCAAGGGAGAUUAAAGGAGCGCUCUCUGCACAGGCAGCUGUGGCCGGGAAUGCGCGGUUUGGGCAACUCCGUUGCCUCCUUGAUGACAUUACUCGAAUGUUCGCCUGCAACCCUCCAAGCCUGGCCACGUAUCUCGAGCAGCGAUCUAGCCGCCCGCCCAACCGCCUGGCAUCACUCCGCGCCCUGCAUCUCUUGAAGGAAAAGAUGAUGCGUCAGGCCAAAUGUUCCAAUUAUGGAAAUCGAGCACGCUGGCCGCAGGACAUCAUGAUAUUACAGUCUACUAUUGACAGGGAAAGUUGGGAGCCACUGGGACCGUCAGGCGCCAAGUCAGCCAUAAAAUACAGCACAGAAGGGCGAGAAGGACGCCAGCAGAAGCGGAAGAAGCAUCCAGAGAACAAACAAUAUAUCUGUUUGGGGGUGGAGAGGAAAACCUCCGCCCCGGUGGCGAGAAGCUCCGGCGCCAGAAAAAAGGAAGACAAGAGAAAGCAGAGGCCUAGGGAUCGUGUUAUACUUCUGCUCGUGCUUACGAGGGGGACUUGCAUGUUAUCUUACAGCAGACAUCUUAGCUGA